AUGUACUUUAGUUUUGCUUAACUUAGCGCCUCAAAUACAUCAAAGCGCGCCCGCUCCGGCGCUCCCGAACAGCUUCGGCUUCAUAGCUUCCUGUCAUUCCGGUUUUGACGCUAGUUUGCAGUUAUAAUACAGUAUGUUCAGCAAUAUCAGCAUCUCACAGCGUAGCAUCUAGUCAAUUGGAGUCGAAAGCACUCCACAUUCCGGUUGCUGCGCUCAUGUGCACUGUCGUGACCGAUGAGCGCCGGUCGUGAGGGCCUACGACACCUCUCAGCAAGCUUGCUGAAGCAGCUCGUCGCCGCCGAACGGGUCGCGAUAGCGACGCCGUCCAUGCUGCCGGGUGCCCUGCCUCUUCCCGCCCACGCCGUGCCACGCGCCCGCACGCGCGCUUUACUUACCACCCAGCGGCUCUUCGCGGCGAUGCCGCAGACACAGCAGCAUGCUGCGACCGCCUCGGUCGCUGCAACGGAGCAGCUGAAGCCGGCGGAUAGCGGUGCGGGCGCAACGAGCCAGACGGAGUCAACACCCAUACAGCAGGGCUUCAGCAUUCCCACACUCGCCACCGCGGCCGGCGCUCCCGCCACCGGGUUCAAGAAGACCUUCUACAAGCGAAAGCUGCCCUCACCCCCUGCAAUUGAGUUCUCCUGCCCCGAAGGCCGGCAGCUGUUCCAAGAGGCGCUCCUGGACGGCACCAUGACCGGCUUCUUCAAACUGAUGGAGCAAUUCAACACGCAGGACGAGCCGGCCUUCUGCGGUCUGGCGUCCCUGGCCAUGACGCUCAACGCGCUGUCCAUUGACCCGCGCCGGACCUGGAAGGGCUCCUGGCGCUGGUUCCACGAGGCCAUGUUGGACUGCUGCAGGCCGCUGGACGCUGUGAAGGAGGAGGGCAUCACCCUGUACCAGGCCUCCUGCCUGGCCCGCUGCAACGGCGCGCGGGUGGAGCUGGUGCCGUACGGCUCGGCCGGGCUGAGCCUGGAGCGCUUCCGUCGCGAGGUGGAGGCGGUGUGCGGCAGCGGCGAGGAACACAUCGUGGUGUCCUACAGCCGCAAGGCAUUCCUGCAGACGGGCGACGGGCACUUCAGCCCCAUAGGCGGCUACCACCGCGGCCGCGACCUGGUGCUUGUGCUGGACGUGGCUCGCUUCAAGUACCCACCGCACUGGGUGCCGCUGCCCAUGCUGUACCACGGCAUGUCGUACGUGGACAAGGUGACGGGCCGCCCGCGCGGCUACAUGCGGCUGGCCUCCAACCCGCUGCUGGACAGCGUGCUGCUGACCUGCGACGUGCGCAGCGCGCCGGAGGACUGGCGGCCGGCGGAGGCGUUCGUGCGCUCCGGUGCGGCCGCCCUGGUGCAGGAUCUGGCGGCGGCUGGCGGCUUGAGCGCGGAGGCGGUUGUUCGCGCCGUGGUGGACGCCGCGCCCCUAGCGGCACUGGACACAUUCCUGGUGGUCCGGUCCGGGGCGCCCAUGGCGGCGGCGCCACCAGACCAGACCGGCGCCACCGCCGCCUCCGGCCACGUCUGCCCCGGGCCGCCGCCGCCUUCGGCGCCGGCGGCGGGUGCAGGGGCGGGUGCGUUGGAUGCGGCUGCGGGUCCGUUGGGGGCUGUGUGUGACACGCCAGAGGCAAUGGUGGCGGCAGUGCGGCGGGCGUCAGAGAUGGGCAACGCGGCGGCAACGGACUUGGCGGCGGCGACGGCCGCCGCCUCCGCGGCCUCCGCCGCUGGGCCCCCUGCUUCUUCCGCCGCCGGCAGCGCCCCUGCCGUAGCCGCAUCGACAAGUCCCAAAGCGAAGAAGGGCUGUGGCACUGGCAAGACGCCCUGCGGCUCUGGCAGCUGCGGCACCUCCGCCGUGAGCACGGACGGCGGCGGCGGCGCUGCAGCCGCCGCCGCCGCCGCCGCCAGCUGUAGCAGCACCACGAUGAUGGCGGCUGCUACUGCCAUCUUCACGGCGCACGACCGCUGCAUCCCGAUGGCGCAGCGGCAGCAGCUGCUGGACGAGCUGAAGGGCAUGCCAUUGUACGGCAUAGUGUCAGCGCACCUGACGGUGCGCCGCGCCGCAGCUACGAAUGCCGACGGCGCAGCUGGCGCCGGCGCCGACGGCAGGUCGGGCGUGUCAGCGGCGGAGGCGGAGGCGGAUCGACGUGUGUUGCUGCACGGCGAGUACCUCACCGAGAAGUUGGUGAUGGCGCUGCUGCUGCAGCGGCCAGAGGCCUGGCCCUCCGCGCCGCCGCCGCCGCCGUCGCCCGCGGCGGCGGCGCAAGCCGCCGCUGCCGCCGCCGCUGCGGCCGCCGCCGCGUCGGGCGCAGCGGCGCCCGGAUCGCCCACGGCAGCCGGCCCGGCGGCGGUGCCGGCGACGGCGCCUGGCGGCGGGGCGUGGGGCUGGGCGGACCCGGCUGCGGGGCAGCAGUGGAGUGGUCUGGUGGGACUGGGCAACUACAAUGUGGUGGAGGCGGAGGCGGCCUACCUGCGGGAGCAGUUGGCGCACAUCGACGAGGUGCUGCAGGGCGGCGACGUGACGCGCACGUGUGGCGAGCACGUGCACCGCCUGGACUGCGCCGCACACGGCCACUGAGGCCCUGACGGGCACGGCGCCGUCCGUCACACUGGGACGGCGCCAGCCGUGCUAUUGAUAAGAGUGACAGGGCUGCUGCGGCACCUGACUUUAUGACACCAUGAAAUGUGUGGGAGUAAGUCGGCAAUACCGUAAGGUCGACUGAGACAAUCUGGAGGACUGAGACGCAGACCGUGGACGCAGCCUGUGUUUCUGGGGGGGGGGGGGGAGUCUGGUGUGGCUGUCAGCCCACCAGGUGAGUGACAGCGGCGGUGAUCAACACUCCUGAUCAAGGGCGGCAAAGAGGUGAUUUGCGGUAAUAAUUGCAACUAUAGGCCACAGGUGGGGCACAGAACUGGUUUGUGUGUUUCCUUUCGAUGAGGCGACGGUUCGUGGGAGUUCGUUACCAGUUCGUGGAUUCAGCAAACGGCAGGUGGUUCAAUCAUUUUAAUGCAUAUGGUGUUAGUAUGACGAGCAGCAACUGCGGCACUGGGCAGCGGUACGAGUAGGCCUCGUUUGCACGUCGGCUGUCAAAGUGUCAGCUCCGCGAGCAGGCCUUGAACGCAUGCACCCAUAUGUGCAAAUGAUGCACAUGUAAUGCAGCUACAAAAUUAUACAGCGAUAUUAGCUAGGGUGAGGUAGCCAGGGCGCCCUCGCGAUGGUUACCCCACUACUGAUGGCGGGCCUCCAUCGCUUGCGCGCAAG